AUGAUCGUCGCAUUGGUAACUGGCGCCAACUCAGGCAUUGGCGAAGCUGUUGCACGCCAGCUAGCGCGCCAACCGGAUCACCAUGUCAUCGUAACAGCACGAAACCUCGAAGCGGGAGAGAAAGUCGCAGCAGCUAUUGUCGAAGAAGGCAACUCAGCGUCUGCCGUCCGCCUGGAUCUGUCUUCUGAUGAGUCUAUCUCCACGGUUGCUGAACACGUCAAAGAGGCCUAUGGCAAACUCGAUAUCCUCGUCAACAAUGCCGGGACAUUUCUCGAUCAUCGCUCUGAUUUGUCCGUCCGGGAGAAUCUCACCAUGACUUUUGAUACGAAUGUGAUCGGUACCGCUGUUCUGACCGACGCCCUCCUCGACCUUCUUCGUCAGUCUUCUGCGCCGCGGGUUGUUUUCGUUUCGUCUGUUCUCGGCUCACUUACUCUUUCAAAUGACGAGAAUUGGCCGCUUCGACAUAUUGUGUCGAAGGCCUACAAAAGCAGCAAGGCCGCCUUGAACAUGUUGGUACUGCAUUAUUCAAGGGCUCUUCAGGAUGUUAGCGGGCUAGUUAAUACAGUAUGCCCUGGCUUGGUUAAAACAAAGCUGAAUGGAUACGCAGAAGAUGGGGUAACGCCGGAUGUUGGUGGGCGCAGGAUUGUGGAGCUGGCGUUGUUGGGUCCGGAUGGACCUACUGCGACCUUCUCUAAUAGGGAUGGACCAAUUCCUUGGUGA